AUGUCGGUGCUGCCUUCCUUCUACACCCCGUUUAGAGUGCCUGGUACCGUUCUGCGAGAGUUUAUCCGCUGGAACAACUAUUUCAUCUCGGAUGAGCACAGCCAUGGGUCCAACAUUCUCGUUUGCAGCGUCAUACCUGCUUGCUUGGACUUCAGCAAGUGA